AUGAAGCUAAAUCCAGAAAAAUUCACUUUUGGCAUGGCUUCAGAUCAAAGCUACCGAGAAAAUAACAAAUAUACUCAUGAGCAAAAAAGAAGUGCAGAGAUUAAUAGGAAGGAUAGCAGCCUUGUGGAGGUUUAUAUCAAAAUCGUCAGAGAGAGCUUUAAAUUCAUUUCAGUAUUGAAAAAGCAGAAUAAGUUUGAAUGGACUGAUGAAUGCCAACAAGACCUCAAGGACCUAAAAUCGUAUCUAUCAAAUCUACCUUUGCUAGCCAAACCAAAAGUCGGUGAAAGGCUUCUCAUUUAUCUCACUGUGUCAGAAGUAGCAGUAAGUGCGGUGUUGGUUCGAGAAGAUAAAGGAGCGGUUUUAGGAAUUGUUCCAAUUCCACCUUCAUGGGAAGUCAUAAGGCUUGGAACUGGCGCGAGAACUUGGUAUAGAGCAGAUGUGAUCAAAAGUGACUCGCAGUUGGUUGUUAACCAGAUGCAGGGGACUUACGUGGCAAGAGAAAUGCGAAUGCAACAGUACUUGGAAAAGAUACCCAGGGAAGAGAAUGCAGAAGUAGAUGCGUUGGCAAAUCUCGCGUUUGUCACGGAUGUAACAAAUGCAGAAAAUGCUAUCGUGAUACAUCUGUUUCAUUCAGCACUUGACCAAGACAAGAGUGAGAUUACAUCCGCACCUUACCACCCUACGGCCAACGGACAAGAUGAAUCAACAAAUAAAUUUAUUAUCAAUACCCUAAAGAAGAGAUUAGAAGAAUCAAAAGGCAAAUGGCCAAAAGUAUUACCUGGGGUGUUACGGGCUUAUCGAGCGACAGCAAAAUCAAGUACGGGUGAGACUCCAUUUUCACUUGUAUGUGGUGCAGAAGCUUUGAUUCCGGUAGAAAUAGGUGAACCAAGUACGAGAUACACACAUGCUACUGAGGAAGCAAAUGAGGAAGAGAUGCGAGUAAAUUUGGAUCUAUUAUUAGAAAGGAGGAAAGUGACAUUAAUUCGAUUGGCGGCUCAAAAACAGAUGAUUGAACAAUAUUACAAUAGGAUAGCUAAUUUCAGAUACUUCAAGAUUGGAGACUUCAUCCUCAAAAAGGUGUUCAGAUCGACAAAAACGGCCAAUGCAGGAAAGUUGAGUCCAAAUUGGGAAGGCCCUUAUAGGGUUCGAGGCAUCGCUGGAAAGGGAUCAUACGAGUUUGAAACCUCGGAUGGCAAGAUACUACCAUCAAACCGGAAUGUCGUUCAUUUGAAGAAGUAUUACUUCUAG